AUGAUAACGACAUCAACAGCGCUCACUGUAGCCAAGUACCUCUUUGGAGCAUCUGUAGCAGCUACGACAUUGGCAGCAGGAGGAUUAUGGUUCUUCCAACGUCACCUCAUAUACCCCUCUUAUGUUCCUGAGGGUUCAAGGAAACUCGUACCUCGACCUACCGAAUUGGGAAUGCCUUAUGAAGAUAUCACCCUGACCACUCGAGACAAAGUGAAAAUCAAAGCUUAUGUGAUACCUGCGCGAAGGAAUCCUGUAGUCGCUGAUCAAUUGAGGAGUCUAAACCAUAAGCAGAGGAUGGAAUUGGGCGAGAAGGAGAUGGGGAAGUGGUUAGAGGAGAUGGGCGAUGAGAAGGCUAUCGAGUACGCUAAGAGUAGACCGACGGUGGUUUUCUUUCAUGCUAACGCGGGCAACAUGGGUCACCGAGUACCAUUAGCAAGGAAAUUUAAUGUCGAACAUGGAUGUAAUGUGUUCAUGUUAUCCUAUCGAGGGUAUGGGUUAUCAGAAGGAAGACCAUCAGAGCAUGGUAUACGUAUAGAUAUUGAAACCGCCAUGGAUUACAUUAAGUCGCAUCCCAUAUUAGGUGAAACCAAGAUAGUGCUUUACGGUCAAUCCCUCGGAGGUGCAUCGUGCCUUUACGCUGGAAGUCGAUAUCGGGACCUGGUAUCGGGUAUAGUCCUCGAAAACACCUUCCUCUCACUGCCCUCGUUGAUACCCUUAGUAUUACCUCAACUACCCAAAUUCGUGUUACCCAUCCUACUGACCGAACAUUGGGAUGCCCAUCAUACCAUGCCUCUCAUCCCCUCUACCACACCGGUACUCAUGAUCGCAGGCAAGAACGAUGACUUGGUGAAACCUCCUCAGAUGAUCGCUUUGAGACAUCUUCGAGCAUCAGCGGGAGGUAGUCUGAAGUGGAAAGAGUUGAAUGGGGGUCAUAAUGACACAUGCCUCCAACCUGAAUAUUGGAGCAUAAUAGGUGAUUGGCUCAAAGAGGAGAUUGGGAAUAAUCCAUCGACAGGCAAAAUCGGUAUCAGUACAAGUGAGAAAAAGGAAGAAGAAGAGGAGAGUGAAAGUAGUAGUAAUAGUGAUGAUUAUCAGAAAGUAACGAAGGAAGAAGUAUUGGAAGCUAAGAAGGAGUUGUGA